AUGGCCGACGUCGAGGCCACUCACGCCAACAAGACGGGCAGCGACAGCGGCAAGGACGCCGUCUCGGUCUACCAGGACUCUGACGUGCCCGCAGUCGGCCGCGAGAACCUUUCUGAUCUCGUCCCGCCUCACGAGUCCUACGAGGGACGGCACCGAUGGGACCCGACAGCGACUUGGACGGCGGCUGAGGAGAGGGCUGUUGUUCGCAAGACGGAUCUGAAGCUCUUGACCUGGCUCUGCGUCAUGUUUUUCGGCCUCCAGCUGGACCGUGGAAACCUGUCCAACGCGCUGGCCGAUGAUUUCCUCAAGGACAUGAAGCUUAGCAGUGACGACUACAACAACGGAACCACGAUUCAGCUCCUCGCAUUCCUGUGCGCCGAGUUUCCCGUUCAAUUCCUCACCAAGCGUUACGGCUUCAAGUAUGUGUUGCCGACUAUGAUGAUGAUGUGGGGAACCGUCUCUUGGGCUCAGGCCUGGAUGACGAACCGCGCUGGCUUCUACGUUACGAGAGCCCUCAUUGGUGCCUGCGAAGGAGGUUUUAUUCCCGGAACUAUCCUCUUUGCGACCUACUUCUACACCUCCAAGGAGCUCUCGGUGCGCCUGGCCGUGUUUUGGUCCACUCUCAACGUUGCGCGAGUCAUCUCGGCUCUCCUCGCGGCUGGCAUCCUCAAGAUGCGCGGUAUUGGGGGCCACCCGGGCUGGUUCUGGUUGUUCAUGUUGGAAGGUCUCCUGACUUGCGUGCUGGCGACUGUCUCUUUCCUCUGGCUCCCCCAGUCCCCCACAAACACGACAACGGUCAUGUGGAGAAAACCCUGGUACACUGAGAGAGAGGAGGUCAUCAUGACCAACCGCAUCCUCCGCGACGACCCCGCAAAGGGCCUCACUGCCCUCAAGGAGCCGGCGACGUUCAAGGACAUCAAGAACGCCUGGCUGGAUCCUUCCAUGUGGGGCCUCUACUUCAUCGGUCUCGUCGCCUACAUCCCAGCCACCCCAGUGCAGGCGUAUCUCACGCUUACGCUCCGCCGCAUCGGCUUCACGACCUUCAACGCGAAUAUGCUCACGGUCCCGUCGGCUGUCCUGCAGAUCUUCACCAUGCUCGGCCUUGCAUUUAGCAGCGACUACUUCAAGGAGCGGGCAUUCCACUGCAUUUUUGGCGAGGCGUGGAUCAUGCCCCUCCUCAUUGGCCUGCUCACGCUGCCCGACGGCGGCCGCGACUGGGAGCGCUUCUCGAUGGUCACGCUCAUCUCUGGCUACCCCUACUUCCACCCGAUCGUGUCGUCCUGGAUCUCCGAGAACACGUUUGACGUGAAGAAGCGCGCCAUCUCAGCCGCAACAUACAACGUUAUUGUCCAGAUCGGCUCGCUUAUUGGCUCGCAAAUCUACCGCGCGUACGACGCCCCCUACUACAAGCGCGGCAACACCGUCUGCGUGUCCAUUUGCGCUCUGAGUCUUGUGGUGUUCCUGGUACACAGGCAAGUCCUGAUCACCUUGAACAAGCGCAAGGAGCGGGUGUGGAGCACCAUGUCGAACGAGGAGCGGCUGGCGUACCAGAACGACGCGGAAGCGCGCGAGAAGGACGGAAACAAGCGAUUGGAUUUCAGAUUUGUCUACUAA